AUGGCGAAUGUUACGUCACUGAUCGAUUCUAUAGCCUCUUGCGUCUCCAUUUACAAAUGUCGUUUGCUUCAUUGUAAAGUAGUGAAGACUGUGAUUUACCGCCAUGGAUUCAUUGGGGACCAGCUUGUUGGAUGUUACUUGAGAUUGGGUCAUGAAGUUUGCGCAGAGAAGCUGUUCGACGAAAUGCCUGAGAGAGACUUAGUCUCGUGGAACUCUUUGAUAUCUGGGUAUUCAAGGAGAGGUUAUCUGGGAAAAUGUUUCAAGGCAUUAUCUAGGAUGAGAUCUGAGGUGGGUUUUGGUUUUAGACCCAAUGAAGUUACGUUUUUGUCGAUUUUAUCGGUUUGUGUUCAUGAGAGAAGUAGAGAAGAAGGACGUUGCGUUCACGGGCUGGUGAUGAAAUCGGGUGUGCUUGAGGAAGUGAAAGCUGUGAAUGCUCUUAUCAAUUGGUAUGGAAAGACUGGAGAUUUGGCUUCAUCAUGCAAACUGUUUGAGGGUUCGAGUGUAAAGAAUUUGGUUUCGUGGAACACGAUGAUUGUGAUUCACUUGCAAAAUGGGUUAGCUGAAGAAGGUCUGGCUUACUUCAACAUGAGCAGAGAGGUUGGGAAUAAGCCUGAUCAAGCCGCUUUUCUGGCUGUUCUUCGUGUAUGUGAAGCUAUUGGGGUAGUGAAACUGGCGCAAGGGAUUCAAGGGCUGAUCUUGCUUUGUGGGUUUAGUGAAAACAAGUGUAUAACGACGGCUUUGUUAGAUUUGUAUGCAAAACUUGGGAGGUUGGAGGAUUCGUCUAAGGUUUUUCUGGAGAUGAAAUCUCGAGAUAGCAUGGCGUGGACAGCAAUGCUUGCUGCUUAUGCCACUCAUGGGUAUGGAAGAGACGCAAUAAAGCAAUUUGAGCUUAUGGUUGACAAUGGUGUAAGUCCUGAUCAUGUAACCUUCACUCACUUGUUGAGUGCUUGUAGUCACUCAGGUCUUGUCGACGAAGGGAAGGUUUAUUUCGAAACAAUGUCGAGAAGAUAUGGGAUUGAGCCGAGGUUAGAUCACUACUCAUGUAUGGUUGAUCUCAUGGGUCGAUCCGGGCUUCUUCAGGAAGCUUAUAGAUUGAUCAAAGAGAUGCCAAUGGAGCCGAGUUCUGGUGUUUGGGGAGCUUUGCUUGGUGCUUGUAGAGUUUAUGGAGAUACCAAACUCGGUGAAGAAGCCGCAGAGAGAUUGUUUGAGUUGGAACCUUGUGUUGGGAGAAACUACAUAAUGCUAUCAAAUAUCUAUUCGGCUUCUGGUCUAUGGAAAGAUGCUUCAAGAAUAAGGAAUCUGAUGAAACAUAAAGGUCUUGUAAGAGCUUCAGGGUGUAGUUACAUUGAACAUGGUAAUAAGAUUCAUAAGUUUGUUGUUGGAGACUGGUCUCAUCCUGAGGCAGAGAGGAUACAGAAGAAGCUUACAGAGAUUAGAAAGAAGAUGACGAAUGAAUUGGGAUUUAAACCAAGAACAGAGUUUGUAUUGCAUGAUGUAGAUGAAGAUGUGAAAGAGGAAAUGAUCAAUCAACAUAGCGAGAAGAUUGCAAUGGCGUUUGGGCUUUUGGUGAUUAAUCCUAUGGAGCCAAUAAUCAUAAGGAAGAAUCUUAGAAUAUGUGGAGAUUGUCAUGAAACAGCUAAAGCAAUAUCUUUGAUGGAGGAAAGGAGACUCAUUAUUAGAGAUUCUAAGAGGUUUCACCAUUUCUCAGAAGGUUCUUGCUCUUGCAGAGAUUAUUGGUAG